UACAGCCCAGGUAUCGACUCCUACAUGCAGAUCCAAAGAUCGCUGCUCUGUUUGCUCAGGGCCAGAACAGCUUUUCCUGCCGGGAUCAGAAGAUCAUCAGAACCUUUUGGACCGUCUUUGUUUCCCACCCACAGUCUGGAUCUGGAUCUGAACCUGCAUUCAUCCAAUCAGGAAGCAGAAAGACGCCAGAACCCGCGCUCGUGAUUCAGGUGUGACGAUGGACGAACGGAGCUAACGAUGGGAUCGGUCGUGUCGUUCUGUAGAAAGUCGUGUGGAGGGGAGAAGCAGAAAGAGGAGGAGAGACGCCUGCGAGCGAAUGACCGAGCUUUCAACCAGACCUGGCAAUACGCUAAAAAUGCCAUCAAAACGUCCAAAUACAACCUUUUCUCCUUCCUGCCUCUGAACCUCUUUGAACAGUUCAGCAGGCUCGCCAACGCCUACUUCCUCUUCCUCCUCAUCCUCCAGCUAAUCCCACAAAUCUCUGCUGUUCCCUGGUUCACGACGGCUGUGCCGCUGCUCAUCGUGCUUUCCGUAUCGGGGGUCAAAGAUGCUAACGAUGACAUAAACAGACACAAACAGGACAAGCAGGUGAAUAACCGCAAGGUGAAAGUCCUGAUCCACGGAGAGCUGAGAGAAGAAAAAUGGAUGAACAUCCAGGUUGGAGAUAUCAUCAAACUGGAGAGCAACCAGUUUGUUCCAGCCGACCUGCUGCUUCUGUCCAGCAGCGAACCUCUCAACCUGAUUUAUGUGGAAACAGCCGAGUUAGACGGGGAAACCAACCUGAAGGUGAAACAGGCUUUGACCGUCACCGGGGAGAUGGGAGAAAACAUCGACGAUCUGUCUGCCUUCACAGGUGAAGUUCGAUGUGAGCCUCCAAACAACCAUCUGGAUAAAUUCAAAGGGACUCUGACUGUGGACGGGCAGCAACACGGGCUGGACAACGAUAAGAUCCUGCUCAGAGGAUGCACUGUGAGGAACACAGAGUGGUGCUUCGGUUUGGUCAUCUACACAGGUCCUGAUACCAAGCUCAUGCAGAACGGCGGGAGAAACACAUUUAAACGGACCAACAUCGAUCAGCUGAUGAACAUCCUGGUGUUAUGUAUCUUUGGCUUCCUGGCAACUAUUUGUGCCAUCAUGACGGUUGGCCACACCAUCUGGGAGGUGAAUGAGGGCUCGACCUUCACGGCGUUUCUUCCCCGCCAACCAGGCGUCGACAUUCCCCUAUCGUCCUUCUACGCCUUCUGGUCCUACGUCAUCGUCCUCAACACGGUGGUGCCCAUUUCUCUCUACGUCAGCGUGGAGAUGAUCCGCCUCGGGAACAGCUUCUUCAUAGACUGGGACAGGAAGAUGUACUAUCCGAAGAAAGACACUCCGGCUCAGGCGAGGACCACCACACUCAACGAGGAGCUGGGUCAGAUCAAGUACAUCUAGAAGAAGCGACAAGACACUCUGACACAGAAAUCAGAACAAUUCAACAAACUUCCCAUUGAUCAACUUGUGUUGAUAAACUGCUCUGGCCUCAGAGAUGUGCUGAGUAAUCAAUGUCCUUUGCAGAACACGGAGAGAGUGGACUUCUCCUGGAACCAGCUGGCAGAUCCAAAGUUCGUCUUCCAUGAUUACAGCCUGCUGCAGACGGUGAAGGAAGGAAACCCGGAGGCCCAGGCCUUCUUCCGCCUGCUGACUCUGUGCCACACCGUCAUGUCAGAGGAGAAGAAAGAGGGGGAACUCAACUAUCAGGCUCAGUCGCCAGACGAGGGCGCUCUGGUGACCGCGGCGAGGAACUUUGGGUUUGUUUUCCGCUCGCGGACGCCGGAGACCAUCACGGUCAUGGAGAUGGGGAGGAAAGUUACAUAUGAGCUUCUGGCUGUUCUGGACUUCAACAACGUGAGGAAGAGGAUGUCAGUGAUCGUCCGUGACCCUGAGGGCAGGAUGACUCUUUACUGCAAAGGAGCAGACACCAUCAUCUACGAGCGUCUGCACCCAUCCUGCUCCAAGCUGAGGGACGUCACCACCACACACCUGAACGAGUAUGCAGGCGACGGGCUUCGCACUCUGGCUCUGGCCUACAAAGACUUGGAGGAGAGCUACAUGGAGCGCUGGCUGGAGCGCCACCAUGAGGCCAGCACGGCCAUCGAGGGCCGCGAGGACAGACUGGAUGUUCUCUAUGAAGAGAUCGAAACGGACCUGAUGCUGCUGGGAGCCACAGCUGUGGAGGACAAGUUGCAGGACGGCGUCCCUCACACCAUCGAGCAGCUGGCCAAAGCUGACAUCAAAAUCUGGGUUCUGACCGGAGAUAAACAAGAAACAGCAGAAAACAUUGGAUAUUCCAGCAACAUGCUGAGAGAAGAGAUGGAGAUCUUUGUUGUGGCUGCUAACACAGCUAACACGGUCAAAGAGGAGCUGCAGCGCGCCAGAAGGAAAAUGUGUCCCGGAUCAGCAGAGAAGCCGAAGGUGAUCAAAGCUCGAGCCGGCUUGUUUUGGCUCCAGAAGACCCAGACUGUGGAGGAUGAGAAAGUAAACGGAGAAUACGGCCUGAUUAUAAACGGACACAGCUUGGCCUACGCACUGCAAGAGGACUUGGAGUUGGAGCUGCUGAGGACGGCAUGCAUGUGCAAGACGGUCAUCUGCUGCAGGGUCACGCCGCUGCAGAAGGCCCAGGUGGUUGAACUGGUCAAGAAGUACAAGCAGGCUAUAACUCUGGCCAUAGGAGACGGAGCCAAUGACGUCAGCAUGAUCAAGGCUGCUCAUAUCGGCGUGGGCAUCAGUGGUCAGGAAGGGAUGCAAGCUGUUCUCUCCAGCGACUUCUCCUUCGCCCAGUUCCGUUACCUCCAGCGCCUCCUGCUGGUGCACGGCCGCUGGUCCUACAUUCGCAUGUGCAAGUUCCUGCAAUACUUCUUCUACAAGAACUUUAGCUAUACCCUUGUGCACUUUUGGUAUGGUUUCUUCUGUGGCUUUUCUGCACAGACUGUUUAUGAUGACUGGUUCAUCACCAUGUAUAACAUGGUUUACACCGCGACCUCCGUUCUUGCCUUGGGCCUCUUUGACCAGGACGUCAACGACCGCUGGAGUUUCCGAUAUCCUCAGCUCUACUCUCCCGGCCAGCUCAACACGUUUUUCAAUAAAAAGACUUUUGUCCGAUGUGUAGUAAUCAGCACCUACACCUCCCUGGUCCUCUUCUUUAUCCCAUGGGCAGCCUUGCGGGACUCCGUCCGGGGCGACGGCAAAGACGUAGCGGAUUAUCAGUCCUUCGCCAUGUUGACGCAAACCAGCCUGCUGUUUGUGGUGAGCACUCAGAUGUUUCUUGACACCUAUUACUGGACAGCGAUUAAUCAACUCUUCCUAUGGGGCAGCAUUGCUGCCUACUUUUCCAUCACAUUUACUUUUUUCAGCAAUGGCCUUUUUUUCACGUUCACCUCCAGUUUCCCCUUCAUUGGCACAGCGAGGAACAGUUUGAACCAGCCGAACGUCUGGCUGACGAUGUUCCUGACCUGUCUGCUCUGCGUCCUGCCGACAGUGGCUUAUCGCUUCCUCCGCAUGCAGCUUCGUCCCACCAUCACUGAUAAGGUCAGGCACAAGGCUCGGGAGGAGGGACAGCCGGCUCCGGACCCUUACCGGCCGCCUCCACGGCGCGUCAGCACCCGCCGCUCCAGCUACGCCUUCUCCCACUCCCAGGGCUUUGGAGAUCUGGUAACCUCGCGCAAGUUCCUGCGCCUGAAGAGGAGGCCGUCCCUGUUCGCCAGAAAGGACUCAGUGCUGGUGGAGAACCAGCCGCAGCGGUACCGGACCAUAACGGAGGAGCCGGAGGAGUCGCAGACAUAGGACUGAAUUAUUGGUGUUAUUUGUGUAGUUAUUUUGAUACCUAACUGAGAACUGGACGAAUGGCGUCAUUUAAACACUAAAUAAUGUUUUAUUAUGAUUAUUUUUAUAUUGAUAAAUGACAUCACUGUGAAUAUGUUUAUUAAUUAUACAGUAAAAGUAAAAACUCACAGCCUUACAAUUCCGGUUUGGUUUACUUCUUUGGCGUUACACAAGAAAGGCGCCAUUUUGUGGCGUGAAGAGUGUAAACUAUCUGCACUCCAUGAUAAUUUUUUGUUGUUGUUUCUGUUUUUGAGCAUCUUUAAGCAAAAAUUAUGUCUACCUCUCAGAUUUUUCUGAAACACUAUUUGGCCUUUAAUAAACAUGUAUUAUAUUGGAAACAGAAAAGUACAUAAAUAUCAAUUAUAUUUUACAUACAAUAAAAAAGUUCCAGAUUUCAUUGUUUUUGCAUGUUUAUAACACCAAACUGAUUUAAAUAUUAGUUAAAAGACAACAAGAGUAAACACAAAAUUUAGUUUUUAAAUGGAGGUGUUUAUUAUAAAGAGAGAAACAAAAUCCGAAUUGGGAUUAAUUAAAUGGUGAAUCAUUUAAGUUCUAAAUUAAGUGUGAAAUAAAUUCAGUUUCUUCCUCAUAUGUCUUCAGUUUCUGAUCUCAAAUACUUUUUUCCUUCUGUUUUAUAUUCCAUAUCAAACGCCGCCAGGAUUCUGAUUGUAAUUACCACACAUCUCCACAAAGAUGAACAAUUACCCACCUAUUCAGGUUACUGAUGUUUGUGAUUAAUAAAACUUUACGUCAGAGGUUGAAAAGUA